UUGUGUCAUCUGGCCAUGAUUCGCCGCAAAAGGAAGCAUGACCAGCACAUGUUGUCUCAUGAGGACCGAGACCAUUUUGAAGAUCAUCAUCAGCAGCACCAUGAGCAUUCAGUAAAAGGGUCUAGAGAUAGAGAUGAUGGAGAGCAGCAGCAGAUACAGGGUGGGGGGAAUUACCCCAGUGGAGAGUCUGACGGCCCAGCUGGGAUGGAUGUAGAUGGAGUUAUCGAGAGUAACUGGAAUGAAGUGGUAGACAGUUUUGAUGACAUGCACUUAGUAGAACAUCUACUAAGAGGAAUUUAUGCCUACGGGUUUGAGAAGCCAUCUGCUAUCCAGCAGAGAGCAAUAAUCCCUUGCUGUAAAGGCCGUGAUGUUAUAGCCCAGGCUCAGUCUGGCACGGGAAAGACUGCUACCUUUGCCAUAGCCAUCCUGCAGCAGAUCGAUGUGAAGAGACCUGAGUGCCAGGCCCUUGUGUUAGCACCCACCAGAGAACUGGCCCAACAGAUUAACAUGCGCAUUAAUGCUAUAUUAUGUUAUAAGAGCAAGAAAUAUAAAUGUGAAUAG